UAGAGGUUAGAAGUGGUUUUGGGUUUGGACUGCCACUUGAACUUGUCAUCAGUUGGAACGGUGCCCAGAGUCCGCCGGACGGAUACAGAGAGAGAGAGAGAGCGUAGCGAGCCCAAACCUGGUGCCGUGUGGCGAAAUGCAUUUUUGGAUUGACAAACGAUCGCAAGCGUGUGGUUUCGGCAGAGCCCGAGUGGCAGCAUCCUUGUCCGGCGGCGGUGGUCUGGGCUUUGGCCAUCCGCGCCGAGUGCCCCGCAAAUCAAUGGUUACCCCAAUACAUCGGUUUCAAACCGUCGACUGUACCCGGCCCCAUUUCUACCGUCACCAGCAGCAGCAGCAGCAGCAGCAAUCGCAAUCUCAAGCGAACUCGACUCACAACAACAACUCGUCCACAUCAAGUCAGCAGCAUCAACAUCAGUCACAGUCACAUCACCAGCAGUACCAUCACAAUUCGCAUCACAACCAAAACCACCAUCAACAGCCGGUUCAGCCGGUUGCAGCACAGUCGGCCAAUCAACAGGUGCACCAGGUCCAGUUGCACAGCAGCGGACAUUAUAAUGCGCACAGCCCCAGUAUACUUCCUGCGCCAACGCCUUAUCCGCAAGCCAGCCCCAACUUGCAGUCGAAUGCGUCUCCGAGCAACAACGCACACAACUACCACGUACCUGUGUCGAUGAACCACAUCUACAGUGCAUCGGCGCAAACUUCUGGAGCUGAUAUUGAGCAGGGUGGCAGCAACUUGGGAAUCGCUGCCAUUGCACAGCACGCACAGCCUCAACUUGGGCAAGACGCUCAACUGUUACCUGCGCACCUGAAGUGUGGCAUGUGGGCAUCGUUAGCGCUAGCGACAGUGUUCGUAGCUGGUGCCAAGUUUUAUUUCGACCACCAGGGCACCGGAUUAGAGGUCCUCAUUUUCUGCGCCUUCUCUGCAACCUUCUUCCUGGCGGCGUGCACGGUAUCGCUCUGGAGGCGUCCACGGGAAUUACCGAUUCCGGGCAACAAUGUGAUAUCGGAGACGAUCUCCAACGCGGAGCAAAGCUCCCUGCAGAACAACCCUGAGCUGAUGAGCAGUAAUCCGUCGCCGCUGCUGAACGGGAGCGUCGGUGGUGGCAUUUCCGGGGGAGGGCUACACGUUGCAGGUCAGCAUCAGCACGCUUCACUGGCGAGCAUAGUGGCACCACCUCCACCGUACCACAUAGCGAUACUACUGCCGGAGGCCACAAAGGACACGGAUGAAACGCCACCACCGUCGUAUGAUAAAAUAGUGAUAUAAUCAUGACCGAUAACAGUACUACGACGAAAGGCACCCUCCCAUCUAUGAUUAGCUAUCGAUCUGGCAGUCCGACAACUGGUCGAAACGUACAGGAACGGAACGGGUGGGAUGCCGGUCGCGAGGAGAAGAUAAGAGAAAUUCAAAGAAAGAACUCCAAUGUAUUGAUGCGCAGCAUACGAGGCAAGGCGGAUCGAGUGUUAGAGGAAGAACACGGUACAGGUGGUACUUUGUUCAACGGAAAGAACGGUACCGGUAUUGAAAAUGGUCGGAUUGUAAGAUCCGAUUAAUAGAUAGUGCUCAAACAUGUCAGGACGUUAGGAAAGAAGAUACGCCUUUCAAAGAUUAAAGUAAUCACAAAAAACUAAUAGAAACAUUCGUGUAAUACAAUGAUGCGUUCUCGAAGUAAUGCAAGUAAAAUGCACGUGGAACGUGCGCACUAGUGAUAAGCGAUUAGGGCAGAAGGACUUAACGUGUUUCUUUAAAUCUUCCUGACUAUUGGUGACGAUUCUGCAAGGAUCGCGAGAACUGCGUCUUGCGCUUAUUUGCCUGGCUACGGAUAGGCGUUAGGUAUUGCAUAGUACCAAGAAAUAAGAAGUAUU